AUGAGGUCUCUGGGGUACAUGCCCAAUGAAGUGGAACUGGAGGUCAUUAUACAGAGGCUGGAUAUGGAUGGUAAGGCCUGGGAGCAUUGUCUGUGCUUUAUCUGGAUACAAUAUGGUACCACAAAACCUGUACCUGCUCUCUGCAUAUAUCCUGAUUACAGUGGAAAGCAUUCUGUCUACAGUUUUUAG